GUGUGUACGGAAUUGGGGAUUAUAAAUACAUGCAUAGCUCAACUGAACUGUAUCACAGCGUCUGGUGUUACUAGUAACUGGGUGAGAAAUUUAGUUAAAGGUUACGCUCUGGAGUCUGAGAUUGAUAGCUUGUUGUAAUAUUCCAGGUCAAGGAAACAAAAAUAUAUAGACUAUAAGUACGAACUUUAGAAUUUAACAUUUUAUUUUGUAAAACCGAAAACAUGACAGCAUUUUAAAAUUGCAAAUUGGCAAAGAAAAAAUCAAGCUGCACCAAUGAAUACUGCGAAAGCGAAAAGGGUCAAAUAUAUACUUCAAACUUCAAAAAAGAGGCACCUCUUAAUAGUUUUGCAUCGACCUAUAGAGCAAUAACACCUGCAUUAUUGCAUCAGACAAACCCGACUGCAGAACAAAGUCUGAUGUUUAGCAUCUUCUCACCAACAACGUUUAUCUAAAGCUAACACUUCUUAUUUUACUAAGCCAACUGCCGUGUUUAAUUACAAAUACACCAACAAUCGAAAUGAAGCUGAAAGAAAUCGUGACAGAGAAAUCCUCGUUGUGGAUUUUCGGGUACGGUUCUUUGGUUUGGAAACCUGAUUUUAAAUUCAGUAGAAGCAAAAUCGGGUACAUCAAUGGCUACAGCAGAAAGUUCUGGCAUGGGGACACGUUCCACAGAGGCAAUAAAGAAACGCCUGGGCGAGUGGUUACCCUCGUGGAAGAUAGUGAAGCUUGCACAUGGGGAGUUGGCUAUGAGGUCCAUGGUGCCCAGAUAGAAGAGUCCCUCAGGUACCUGAACAUCAGAGAGAGCUCGCUGGGUGGGUACGUCACUGAGCUGGUGGAGUUCUACCCGCGUGGCGAGGAUGAGGCGGUGCUGGCACUGGUUUACAUUGCCACCUCGGACAAUCCCAUCUACCUGGGUCCUGCCAGUUCAGAGGAGAUCGCUGCACAGAUCGCCAUGUCCAGUGGCAAAACCGGGCACAACAUUGAGUACCUUGUACGGCUUGCAGAGUUCAUGCGACUGUACUGCCCAGAGGUAGAGGACGAUCAUUUGUUCUCUAUUGAAACUGCAAUAAUAGCCAUGUUGCCAUACUUGAUAAACAAAAAACGGUCAAUGCCUGUGUUUUAACCUGUUUGUUUCCGGCCUUCCUCCACCACAGAGCAUAAGCUCAUAACCCCCCCCCCUUUUUUUUUUUAACUGUAUUGCAGUGUUUUUCUUCCAUCACAUACUGUAUCUCUUUCCAAGUAAGGUUUACCAGUCUGCUAAGAAAUAAAUAAUAAUAUAGUUAUUGCACACUUCUGCAUGUGCAUAUUGUACUUUAUAUAUGUCUAGAAGCUCAGAUACAAGUAAUAGUGUGUGUGUAUAUGUGUGUGUGUAUAUAUAUACAUAAAUAUCUCAAUGUGUGUGUGUGUAUAUAUAUAUAUAUAUAUAUAUAUAUAUAUAUAUAUAUAUAUAUUAUAAUAUGAGAGAAUGAAAGGGAAGUCUGUUCAAUAGUAUUUGUUUGUUUAGCCACAAAAGAGAGAAACAAUUUGAAUAAAAUUGUUGCAGUGUAUCACAAUUUUAAAUACCAUUUUAGCUGCUAUUGUGCUGUAAGUUAAUUUAUAGACUCAUUUGCUGCUGUGCCAAGUGCAGCAUUUCUGCCUCAUCCUGGGUGGAUCCUGUGUAUGCACUGUAUGAAUCAACACUAUGUUUCAAAAUAUGUUUUCUUCAGUUUUCAGUGGUGCUUUGAUAACUGUAAAUUCCAAUUGGAAAGGAUUAUUUUAAUGCCAAGCUGAUGUAGGUGUAAAUUGAGUUUAAUGGUACCAAUAUAUGCUGGCAAUGAAGCUGUUUUAAUGUUGGUCUGCCUCUCAGUAUAGACUUAUUGUGCUUUUGUAGCGAUGUUCACUAUGACAUUGUAUGUAUGCAAAAGCCUGGUACAAGGUGAUCAUGAUUAAUUAAUACCUUUGUUUUGAAAGGAAGUAUUUAGCUUUUACUUUUACAUUGUAUGUACAACCAUACUCCAAUAAAAGUCAACACACACCCGA